AUAAGUCGUGGGCACUUCCGCAAAGAUGGCGGCGGCGGUCCGCGUCUCUCGGCUGGCGGCUUGGUGCAGUAGGCUGCUCCGUGGAGUGACUGCGGGUUCGCAAGCUGUGCGGGCCUCUGGAUGGGUGGCGGCGUCAGCGGCCAGCGUGACGCUGGCAGGAGCAGGAGUGGCAUGGUACCACUUCCGCGUGAAUGUGGCGGCGCCGCAGGGCGGAUUCACUGUCCUAGCGCAGGAAAAUGCUUCCUAUGGAAAGAUGAUGGAGAAGUUGUCUCUUCGUAAACAGCGCUUCAUGCAGUUUUCUUCACUGGAACAUGAAGGAGAAUAUUAUAUGACACCACGAGACUUCCUCUUUUCAGUAAUGUUUGAGCACAUAGAACGUAAAACUUCAGUCAAGAAGCUGACAGAAAAGGAUAUCGAGGAUGUACUGGCAGCAAUCCAAAGAACUCAUUGUGGAUCAACCUUUUUUAGAGACCUUGGUGAUAAAGGAUUAAUUUCAUACACUGAGUAUCUCUUCUUGCUUACAAUCCUCACUAAACCCCAUACUGGGUUCCAUGUUGCUUUUAAAAUGCUGGAUGCAGAUGGUGAUGAGAUGGUUGAAAAAAAAGAAUUUUUUAAGUUGCAGAAAAUCAUAAGUAAACAGGAUGACUUGAAGACUAUAACUAAUGAAACAGAAUGUCAGGAACCAAAAGUGAAAGAACCUGAAAUUAACACAACCCUUCAGAUACGUUUCUUUGGAAAAAGAGGAGAAAGAAAACUUCAUUAUAGAGAAUUUCGAAGGUUUAUGGAGAAUCUACAGACGGAGGUCCAAGAAAUGGAGUUCCUUCAAUUCUCUAAAGGUUUGAGUUUCAUGAGAAAAGAAGACUUUGCAGAGUGGCUCCUUUUUUUCACUAACACUGAAAAUAAAGACAUUUAUUGGAAAAAUGUGAGAGAGAAGUUGUCAGCAGGAGAGAGUAUUAGUCUGGAUGAGUUCAAGUCAUUUUGUCAUUUUACAACCCACUUGGAAGACUUUGCUAUUGCCAUGCAGAUGUUUAAUUUAGCUCAUCGCCCUGUCAGACUAGCAGAGUUUAAGAGAGCUGUGAAAGUAGCUACAGGACAGGAGCUCUCAAACAACAUUUUGGACACUGUCUUCAAGAUCUUUGAUUUGGAUGGCGAUGAAUGUCUUAGUCAUGGAGAGUUCCUUGGAGUGUUAAAAAACAGGAUGCAUCGAGGUUUAUGGGUACCACAACAACAAAGUGUUCAAGAAUACUGGAAAUGUGUGAAAAAAGAAAGCAUCAGAGGAGUAAAAGAAGUCUGGAAACAAGCUGGAAAAGGUCUUUUUUAGGAAAACAUCAUGUGGAAAUAUUGCUCCAAAUGUCAGAAUUUGAGGGGGUUUUUUAAGUAUCAGAUGUUUAUCUUCUUAAGUCUUCACUAAUUUCCUUUGUAAUACAAAGGUGCCUUGUAUUGCUUUCUGAUUCAAUAACUUCUUAACAAGAUUUCAUUAACAGACUUAGUAAAAAAGAAAGUACACUUUUACGAAAACACAUACAGGAUCCUGUGAGGCCUACGAAUGAAGUAAUGCUUUGUACUAUGAUACAGUGGAAAACCUAGUUAUUCACUAAUUUCUCAGACAUAAUAGCACAAUAUGCUCUCUGGAAGGAUCCACAAUAACUUAUAGAAACAAGUAAUUGAUAUAAAGGCCAGUAUCAAUUCUAUAAAUCCUGAUGUCCCUAGAAGAGCAAAUUAAGUUAACAUUUAAGGUUUUCUCAUGUGUAUUUUAUAUCACAUAAACUUCUUGUACUUUUCAUUUCAGUGAGCUGUAUCUUAGAUGUCUUUAAAAUAACAUGUAAAUUUCAACAUUGGACCUAGAAACAGAAUAAAGUAUUUACAAAGAUGCAAAAA